CUGAAACCAAUCACAGUAUAUGAAGGCUGAAACUAGUCGACCCUCCUGCCGUUAGGUGUUUCCGCAUGUUCAUUGGAAUAAGUCAUUCCCAAGAAGGAGUUGUUGAAUCUUGUCCAUAAAGGAUAUUGCACAUAUCACUUCCUUAUUUUUUAUCCUCUAUUCUAGCUGCCACCCGGAACAUAUUGUACAGUUGUACAGAUACAACAUCGGCUGCGAUUAGUUUUUAUUUAUUUGCGGAAACAUACUGUUUCAAACCUCUGCCAAGCAUUUGAUUGCUUAUUGUUCAGAACGAACGAAAGCACAGGACACCAGCGGGAAUUAUACAUUAUGGCGACAUCAAAGGAUUGUUUUCAAACUAUCCACACGAUGCACAAGGAAGCACUGCUAGCCCAUAGAAAGCAGAAGUCAGAGGACACAUCAACCCUUCUUGGAGGCCAGUUGCCAAAUAAAGUUGUGCAUGAUAAUAAUUACAUUCCGCUCAUGACUACUGGUCCUGAUGUGUCAGAAAAACAGAUGCAAGAGAAACCACAGUCAUUUCAACAUGCCAUUCUAAUUGCAUUGCCUGAAGAUAGACACCAGCCAAAACCUGUUAUAGUGGUUGGUCCAGCUGGAGUUGGCAGAACCACUGCCCUGGAGAAGCUAAUAGUGGACUGGGCCACUGGCAAACAUCUCCAGCACUUUUCCUGUGUCUUCCAUUUCACAUUCAGGGAUCUGAAUGCCCAUAAAGGGGUGCUGUCUCUGCAGGCAUUGCUGCUUCAGUGCUACAGUCACCUUUCCCCUGAGUCCCUGGCUCUAGUCCUGCAGAAUCCAAAGUCUCUGCUGUUUCUGUUUGAUGGGCUGGAUCAGUACCAGCACAGCCUGGAACCCCCCACACCCCUGACCCUCUGCUCGGACCCUCAGCAGCCAGCCUCAGUCUCUAUGCUAGUGGCCAGCCUGGUGCAUGGACCUCUGCUGAAAGGGGCAGCCAUACUGCUGACCUCAAGGCCUACCGCAGCCAGUCUUGAGUCUCUAGACGGCUACCGCGUUGAGUUGUUGGGGUUUCUGAAACCCCAGAGGAAGGCCUAUUGUGAAAGGUUCUUCUCUGAUCCAAUUGUAGCCAGUCAAGCGUUUGAGAACAUAGAAAGGACAAUGGGGUUCUAUGAUUUCUGCACCUCUCCUAGAUUCUGCUGGAUGACGUGUUCAAUUUACAAGUCUCUAAUGGAGGCUGGAGAGAUUCUUCCUGAGACACUAACCCAGGUGUUUGUUUAUAUCACCGUCCACCUUAUUCGGGCACUGUCAUUGGACACGACCAAUGCCAGAGGCCUGGUGACCUCCCUGGGUAGAAUGGCUUCCCAUUGCUGUCUUGGCCCGGAUUCAAACUGCUCCAAAGAAGAAAUGGCCUCCACUGAUGUACAACAGUUCCUAACAACUCCAACAUCACUGAAAGAUUUCCUGCACGUUGAUGGUGACCUGGAAUCGGACAACUGCAUUUUCUCCUUCCACACCCAGAAGAUCCAAGAGUUUUUCUUGGCUGCAUCCUUCUACUUAGACGAAUCAGAAGCAGUGAGUGUGGAAGAGAUGUUGGAGAACCAUGAGGGUUGUGUAGAGUUUCUCGACCUUUACCUGGCAGGGCUUUGUGAGCCCUCUCAGAGGAAGCCUCUGGAAUCUGAACUGGGAGAGUUCAACACUGACCACAUCAUGGACUUCAGCAGCUGGUUUAAAAGCACCUCUCGGAAGGCACUGGAGAGCUAUCACACAGACAGACACCUCCAUUACUUUCAUCUGCUCCAUCAACGUCAGAAUGAGAAGCUGGUGAAGGAGAUCAUCAUUCCGUCUGCCCGUGGCAUCAGCUAUGGAGUUCUGGGUGUACAUGACUGUGUGUCUCUCAGCUACAUAGUGACAUGUCUGGGGGAAUGGGAUCAGCUGAAUCUGUACAGCAGCAAGGAUUUAACUGAGCAAAAAGCCAACCUUUUGGUUCCUGCCAUACGUCUCUCUCAUAAAAUAAUCCUGAUUCAGAGCUCUCUUAGUGCUGGGGCUCUUGCUCAUCUGGCCUCGGCUCUCAGCCAGGGAAGGACCACAGAGCUGGAUAUGUCCUACAACCCCAUGGGUGACACAGGCUUCAAAGUUCUUUGCACAGGACUUGGGGACUGCAACAUACAAACAUUAAAACUUCCAGUGUGCGGGUUAACAGAGGCUUGCUGUGGGGACCUGGUGGCAGUCCUGACCUCAGAGAAAUCACAUCUCCGCGUGUUGGAGCUGAGGGGGAAUCCUUUCCAUGACCAUGGGCUCAGGAAGCUGAGCCAUGCACUGGGAAGCCCUCACUGCAAACUGCAGGAGCUUCAGUUACCAAGGUGUGAGUUGACGGGGGGGUCCAUGGAGGCCUUGUCAACUGCACUGUGCGUUGGCCAGUCAGAGCUGAGAAUACUGAACCUGGCACAGAACUGCCUCACCGACCAGGGGGUGGAUUGGCUGGCCAAGGCACUCCAAUAUCCCCACUGCCAACUGCAAAGCCUGAUAUUGUUUGAUAAUGAGUUGACAGCUGCAUGUUGUGCUGGUGUGGCUGAGGCCUUGCAGUCAGAAGGCUGUAGGCUGACUGAGUUGGAUCUGUCUGUGAAUGCGUUGGGCCAGGAGGGGGCACUGCAGCUGUGUAAGGCCCUCAACAAGUCUGGACACCCACUGGAGACACUGCGCUUGGUCCGCUGUGAUUUGACUCCCCUGGUCUUCAAGGAGUUGGGUAUUUUGCUGAGCAGUGGGACCUCUGGACUGAGAACACUGUCUGUGGGUCUGAACAAAAUAGGAGACAAAGGAGCCAAACACCUCUGGGUCGCACUGGGAGACAAACGGUGCAGUCUGGAGCACCUGGAUGUUGAGAUGAUCCAGCUGACGGAUGCCUGUGUUGGAGACCUGAGUGUGGCGGUGAGGGCCAGUGGCUCCCUGAAGAGCCUAGUCCUGAAGAACAACCAUCUGACUGACACCUCAGUCCCAGCCCUGGUCCAAGUCAUGCAGGAUAGUCGCACCAUGCACGAGAUGAAUCUGCAGUAUAAUGACUUCAGUGAAGACAUGUUUGAGAUGAUGGACCAGUGUGCAAAAAUCAAAUACUAAACAAAUGACCUUUGAAAAAUGUCACAACCAAAAAACUUGACUAAUUUAGCCUGAGAAAGCUAAAUAAAAACCAAUCCAUUGACAGUAUUUGUUUGAUCCCUCCAUUCUUUCUACUAGUAUAGAGUUACAUGACAAUGGGCUUCAAACAGCCAUGGGCUGAACGGUGUCUGUUAGUGAACACAUUCAUGAUGUUACUUGAGUGCCAUUGCUAAAGUUUUGGUUGUCAAAAGAUGUUAACUAAUGAUUUGGUUCAAAUAAAGGUUUUUAAUGAGAAAAAUACA